GAAACGACUGGCUUCGGCAAACAUCGUCAUUUGUCGUGAACUGAGACUCGGUCAAGGAUGGAGGAAGAGGCACGCAAGCUUUUCGAGGAAGGAAUAAGAAAGAAAUUGAUCAGUCCUGGUAAAGGAGAGCUAUCGUCCUUUCCUAAUGGAACCAAGGUAGUCUUCCACUACCGCACCAGCCUGUUGGAUGGCACAGUGCUGGAUGACUCCAGAACCAUGGGGGGCCGCAACAAACCCAUGGAGCUCAUCUUGGGCAAGAAGUUCAAAUUAGCUGUGUGGGAGAGGGUGGUCAUCACCAUGAAAAAGGGCGAAAUUGCAGAAUUUACCUGCGACAUCAAGCACACGUCGCUGUACCCGCUUGUGUCCCAGUCCCUGAGAAACAUCAGCGCUGGUAAGGACCCGCUGGAAGGUCAGAGGCAUUGCUGUGGCAUUGCCCAGAUCCACUCCCACCACUCUCUGGGGCACAAGGACCUGGAUCAGCUUCAAGCCAGUCCACAGCCUCUUGCCUUCACCAUCGAGCUGCUGGAGGUUAUGCCUCCAGGAACGUUCCAGCUCGAUGUGUGGGCUAUGACAGAUGAAGAGAAACUCGAGCUUGUGCCUCAAAUCCAUGAGGAGGGCAACACACUUUUCAAACAGGGCCAGAUUCAGGAAGCCACAGAGAAGUACUACAAUGGAGUUGCCUGCCUCAAAAAUCUACAGAUGAAGGAGCACCCUGGAGACGAAGCAUGGGUAAAGUUGGACCAUAUGAUCACACCACUGCUCCUCAACUACUGCCAGUGCAAGCUACUCCAGGGCCAGUACUACGAAGUCAUAGAACACUGCACGUCCAUUGUCUUCAAAUAUGAGGACAAUGUGAAGGCCUUCUACAAGCGGGCUAAGGCCCACGCUGCAGUGUGGAAUGAGGUAGAGGCACGGGCGGACUUCAAUAAGGUGUUGGAGCUGGACCCCUCUCUGGGGCCGUCUGUUGCCAAGGAGCUGAAGGCCAUGGAGGAGAGGAUCCGCACCAAAGAGAAGGAGGAAAAGGGUCGCUACAAAGGCCUAUUUAACUACAACACACCACCAGCCACUGCCACUACAGGUUGAAUCUCACAGUGGGUUGGAACAAGAGGAUACCUGUGAAUUUCAAGAUGGAGAAGAAACAGUAGACGCUGCUGGUGUUUUAGUUUUUAUCCAUGCACCCAAGCCAUACACUCUGCCACCCUGCCCUCCAUGGUACACACAGAAACCUUCUCACACACUGUCGGGUCAUACACACAAUGUCACUCAUAUAUAUACAUCUAUAUAUCUCUCUCUAUAUAUAUAUAUAUAAAGAGAUAUGUAUAUAGAUAUAGAUAUAUAUAUACUGAGGUGUGACUCAGUCCUGCCUUGUUGCUCUAGGCUCCCACUCUCUAAAGGUCAAAUUAAGAUUUUUAUGAGGACAUGCUGACAUUAUCAGCUUGACACUAAUGAAAGUCCAGUAUCCCACAAAACCCAUACAUAAAGUAUGUUCCAGCCAACGGCAUCAUUAUAUCAGAGCAUCAUGGUCUUCAGUCCAAGGGAACUCUUAGCUUGUUAUGGCUCCAGAAGUUUUAACAGUCUUGGUAAAUAACUUGCUCACAGUAAUGGGCCACGUUACCCUUAGCAACAUUUUUUCACAGGAUUUGCUGCAGAGAGAUUUCACUUUUUGAUUUAAUGAGUAAUUUAUCAGCUAUUUGUGAAAAAGUCAUUGUAUGGUGAUCUAUAAAGCAAAGAGCUGUUUGCCACAGUAUUAGAAACAGCUAGCUAAAGCAUUUUUUCUUUGCAUGCUUUCUCUGAAGUAUGUGCAAAGCUGCUGGAUAAUCCUAAAAUUACGCAGCCCAACAAGGUUCAGUGGAUUCCAGGUAGAAAUGCUCUCCUGUCAGAAAACCAAGGAAUUUUUAUUUUUUUUGCACAAGGGACAUCAUGUACUCAGAUGCACACCUCUGCCUUUCACCGCCAGAGCCCCUCUAUAAUCUUGGUCACAGUGGAGGCACUGGAAUAAGCAGGAGACCAUUAUCUCCUGGUGGAUGCGACUGGGAAACCGAGCUGUCUGUGACAAUCAUUAUAUAUAACACAUGGACUUGUGUUAUCUUUGCUUUCUCCUAUGUACUUAUUUCAUUUAUGUAAGAAGUAUACCAUUAUGUUGUUUUUGUCAAGAGAUGUACUCAACAAAGUCCCCACUGUCUCCUUCUCCUGCUUAGUAAGAGCAUAUCAUCACUCUUCAUGUGAAGCAGCGGGUCAUUAGCCCAACUCUACCGAAGUGAGAUGUUGUCGAGGUUGUGAUUAUGUAACUGAAAAUAAAUUUGUGUUUAUCCCCG